AUGGUGGGAGAAAAUAACUUUUAUUUAAGUGGAGUUCCAGAAGAUGUUAAAAAUCUUCCAGAGUCAUUGGAAUCCAAACAGUUAAAAUGGUCGAAAACUGAUGUUACUAAUUUUGAAAAAGUUAUUCCCACGUUUGAUAAGUCUAGGGUUUGUUUACUAGAUCCCGCUGCCAGUGAAGAACUUUCACCAGAAGAUUCAGAAAAUUUUGAUUUUUUUUUGUUUGGUGGAAUUUUAGGUGAUCAUCCACCCCGAGAUAGAACUGGUGAACUGAGGAAGCAUGGGUUUCCAGGAAGACACCUAGGGAAAAUUCAGAUGACUACAGAUACUGCUGUUAGAGUAACCCAAAAAGUACUUGCUGAUCAGCAAAGGAUUGAAGAUAUUGAUUUUAUUGAUUUCCCUGAGCUUAAAUUCAGUAAAAAUGAAUCUACUGAAAUGCCUUUUAGAUAUGUUCGGGAUAGCCAAACUGGAGAGCCUAUCAUGCCAGAAGGUAUGUUUGAUCUUAUUAAAGAGGAUUCCAAUAAAUCAUUGGACGAUCUUAUUCUUUAA